GCCUCGUCCGCCAGUUCCUUUUGUUGAUUGUGUGUGGUGUCCUCAUGUGUGGUGCGAAAGGUGUGGUGUAAAAGAUGAUGUGUUGAGUGUGGUACGUAGUGUGGGAUGACCGGAAAUGAUCCGCAUGAUGCCAAUGUGUUGAGUAUAGGAUGUGCAGUGUGGGGUGAAGAUGUGUUGAUUAUGGUGUGUAUGUGUGGGGUGUAGUUAUAUUAUAUUUAGAGGGGGGUCAGGUGCUCAUUUAGCCAAGUUGAAUCCUUUGUGCGAAAGACUCAGCUUGUCACAAUUUUCUCCGAGCGAUUUGCAGUAUCUGGAGAUGUACCAGUUGUUAAUGGGGCCUAUUGCUCGUGCCUUGGACUACCUUCAAGGAGAAAAUAACGUGAAUUACGGCUGCUUAAUUCUGACUCUGAUGACCCUCAGCAAUAGAUUAAAUAAGCUGCAAAACAAGCCAGAAAUGCAGCAAGUUUCCUCUGUGGUUGCUAAGUUGGAGCAGCGUUUGAGAGAUCGGUUUGACGCAUUUUUUACUUUAAAACCGGAGGCCAAUAUAGCACCAGCGGCAACUGUACUAACUCCAGAUAUUAAAAUGAGCUGGAUCAAGGUGUUGCAAAGGAUAAAACCGGAGGUGACAGCAGCGGACAUAAGUAUCUGGGUUUUAAACACAAUUUGCGAUUUCUAUGCAAAAGAUAAUCGUGCUUUCAAUGCACAAAUAUUGAAAAGUAAUGAAUUAUUUGCAAAUAAUAGGCAUUUUGAUUUUGACCUCAACGACACAGAUAACGAAGAAGGAACAAAUGCUACUCCCGAGCCAAGUGCUAGUGAUCGUCGGGCUUUUUUGACCCAUCACUUUUUCUGUUACUUAAAUGACAAUUCAAGAACAGACGACACUUGGGUAAAACAUUGCAGUCUAAAAGAAGCUUUCGUUGCCUUUAAUACUCCCCUGACAUCCUCAGCACCAGUAGAGAGGCUAUUUGAUAGUGAACAGUCCAAGGCGCCAGUCAAUGUCGGACUUAUCAUUUGAGAAAUUGGUGUUAUU